AUGGCGGCGCUCUCUACUCGCGCGAGCAAAGAGUUCGGUCAGCCCGCUUUCACCCCACAUCGGCUGACAAGUGGGAUAUUGACGGAUGGCAGAUGCUUGCUUCAGAGGCCGAAGCUGCCCCUUUCGCCACGGCCAAGCCUGUCUACGAGCGCCUGGUGUCCCACUUCCCGCCGAUCGGCAAGUUCUGGAAAACCUACGCUGAACAUCUCAUCCGUGAGACCCCAGACGAUCACGACGGCGCCAAAGAGAUUUAUGAUAGAGCAGUUGCUGCUGCUCCAACGUCGAUUGAACUAUGGCGAAGUUACAUCAAUUUCACUUCGUCAUUGGCCAUCAAAGUUCCGGGAUCCAAGUUGGAGACUGAUGCUCUCGCUGUCUACGAAAGAGCGAUUGCUUCCGCUGGGCUUGAUCUCAGCGCCAAUCCGCUUUGGUCCCACUAUCUCGACUUCCUCAAGAAACAUGCUACUUUGUCCGACAGUCAUCGCCGUGAUGCGCUACGGCGAGUCUAUCAGAGAGCGGUCCGCAACCCAAUGCAGCACUUGGAUUCCUUCUGGAGAGAAUACAGCACAUUUGAACAUACGAGUAACACGAACAAAGAACUUGGGCGCGGUCUCAUCGCUGAAAGUCAGCCAAAGAAUAUUGAUGCAAGAGCAGAAUUUCGAGCACGUCGAAGUCGAAGGGAGGGUUUGACUCUUUCCGCCCUUCCAGUUAGUCCUCGGGGACGCGCGAAAGAGUCGAGUCAGGCUCAACAGUGGCGACGAUUUAUUGCCCAGGAAAGAACAAACCCGUGCAACUUAGUUGAAUCCGAGCUCAAUGGCCGAAUUGUCCAUGCAUUUGAGAGUGCACUGUGUCCGAUGUACAGGUACCCUGACUUUUGGAUGGAGUAUGUGUCUUAUGUAUACGGGAGCUUCGUUAAGGACGGUCAGCCAGCACCGACGAAGGCUGGGAACAA